AUGGGUGAAAUAUUGGGAAGAGAAGGAUUCUGUAUCAGACCCAUCCUUGGUCUACCCAAGAGUAGAAGAACCAUCACGCUAAAGUCAACAAAUGUACACGAUCAUCCAAAUAUUGAUCCUCAGCUUUUGUCACAUCCAGAUGAUGUCAAGGCCCUUGAUAAAGGGAUAAAGAUCAUCUUGGCAGUGGGCAACACCUCAGCCUCCAUCAGCAACUUUAGAGCAAAGUUUUAUGAUCAGACUUUCUCUGGGUGCACUGGUGAAAUAUACAGUUCUGAUUCCAACUUGGUUUGCUAUGUCCAUCACAUGUCUAUAACUUUCUACCAUCUUACUGGGAGCUGUAAGAUGGCACCAGCUUCAGAUCCUUAUGGUGUGGUGGUUCAUACACUGAGGGUUUGUGGAGUGGGAGGACUGAGAGUAGUGGAUGCCUCCAUUAUGCCAUUUAUUACCAAUACUAAUACAAAUGCUCCUACUAUUAUGAUUGCCGAGAAGGGCAGUGACAUGAUAAAACAAGAGUGGAAGUGCUCGACAGGAUUGAAUAUAUAAAUCAGACCUAUGAAAUCAUGGCCUGGUCUCACACCUGGCCACUGAUGUGUUGACCCCUGAAACCCUCUCCAG